AUGAGCAGUCGAAGGAACCAGCCCACAGGCAGCAGGAGCGAGAGCCCGAUCGAUCCGACUGAGGAGGUUUCUGCGCCGCGCGACUUCGACGCGGAGGCGUACUGGCCACGAGACGACGAGAGCGAUGACGACAGCAACCAUCACGGAGACGAGGGCAUGGACGGCUACGGUGACGAGGACGAACAGGAGGCAGCCGCCAACGACGAAGUCGACGAAGAGCACAGGCCCAGUGGCACGUACUUGAGCUUGUCGCCCACCGAGCUCGCCACCGACGACGAAGGUGCCAACGCCGACGUCCACCCCGAAGAGUCGGACGAGUCAGACCCCGACUCCGACGACGAGUCCGAGUCUGAUUCGUGGAGCCGGAGCAGCUCCAACCACCGCGCAGCCGCUCGCCCGUCAACGUCCCGGACCAACCCCAAGCACACGCCAAGGGCCCACCGAGACUCCGACGACGAACCGGACAGCGGUGCUGACGCCGCGGUCGACACGUACGACAACGGUGUAUCGUCACACGCUGCGACCUCCACCGCUGGACGGAAGCGCAAGCGUGACGCACCCUCCAGUGAGGACGAGUCGGAGCACCAGGCCAGCCACGAAGACAACUUCGCCUCCUGGCCGAAAGGCCGAGAGAGGGAAGAGAUCCACGCCGACCUGAACGACGCCCAAGCCACCCUCGAGUGGUGGGACUCCCUCGCCGAGCACCCGGGCGACCUGGACCCGCGUGGGAUCAAGCUCCUCGUUCUCCCCCACCCGCUCCUUCGGGGCCUGUUGGAGAGCGACUGGCCCGUCGGACCGAUCGACGAGGCGUACCGCGAGCAGGUGGGACACAUCCGCGACGCAGCAAUUUGGCUGUUCAAGAAGCUCCAGUUCAGCACCUUCCGCGGCAAGGUCAUCUACCUGCGCCGCGCACUGCGCCUCAUCACCACCCCUCCGGCGCCCCACAUGCCCCGGUGCGCUCCGUGUGCGCGGCAGAACCAGUCGUGUGUCGAGGGGGUGGAGGGACGCUGCCAGUACUGCAACCUCUUCCCCACCAAGAUUUGCGACCCCGCGAAGGCGCAGCGCGAGAGGAAGCGGAAGAGGGAGGAGUACGAGCGACGCAAGGCGGUCGACGUCCGGGGUGGCAAAGACAAGGGCAAGCAGACCUCCGACGGGAGCCGCGGGAAAGACAAGGCUCCGAAGAGUACACCACUCCGCCGCUCUCGCCGUCCCUCCAGGAGGCAGGAGACCGAAUACAAUACCCCCACGGGGGACGCUGGGGACGAUGAGUUCGAACCCCUCGAGUCCUCGCGACCUGGCCCGGGACCUGGCGUCAACCGCAACGACACCGCAGGUCGGAGCAGGACGACGGCGCGCUCCUCUCCGCCUCCUGGGACUGCUGUUGGCACCCCGGGGCCGAGUACCCAACGUGGCGGCUCAUCAGCAGACUCAGACACCCCGGCACCCACGUCAAGCACCCCAACUCCAGGCCGCCAGCCCCUCACCCUCCCGCGCGUCCUCGAGCUCCUGCGCGCUCACGUCGACGAGGACGGCGACACCCGGCGCCAGUUCCAGGGCGGGGUCAUUCUCGACGAGCUUGAGAGUGACCUCGAGGUCAUCAGCUCGUCAGUGGAUGUGUCGCAUCUCUCCCGGCACCUCUUGGGCAACGAAAAGGACGCGGCGCGCAAAAACUGGGCCGAGUUCCUCCUCAAGCGCCUCGAGGUGGCCGUGUCACGGCGCGUGUUCGGCCUGGGUGCCUCUACAGACCGUCCCGAUGCGUCGCGCUCCUCCGGGGCGCCGGAGGGCACGGACAGGAAGGGCAAGAGGCGCCAGGUCGACGACGGGUCAUCAACUGCAGCAGGUACGCAGGUCAGUGGGGAGGCCUCGCCGGCGGGGAAGAAGGAGAGCAGCUGGGGAUUCUUUGGCAUGGGACUGUUUAGGAAGUGA